UACAUCAGUAAAGAUAGUCCUGCCAGAAAUCUCUUGGAACAGGAUGGAAAAACAGGCUGAUCCCUGUUAAUUUGUAAUAGAACUGUCAGCUGACCCUCUUGCAUUUGUAUUCUGUUGCAUGUAAUGGUGAAGUUUCUGCCAAACUGCUUCAAAGAGGACGCUAACGGCUGUAAAGAUGCAUGGCAUCUUUGCUAUGAGUGCCCUUGUAGCACUGUUGCUAGCUGUAGCCUGGGCAGACCACCACCAUCACGAGAGUGAGAUGAGCUGCCACAAGCUGUCCUCUCCCAACGCUGACUUUGCUUUUGCCCUCUACAAAAGUCUGAAUACCAAGACUGCUGCUGGAAAGAACAUCUUCUAUUCACCGCUGGGCAUCUCCAAAGCCCUGUCCAUGUUGUCUACAGGGGCCCGUGGUGAAACCCACAGCCAGCUGUUCUCCACCUUGGGCUACAGUGUCUUAAACCAGACUCAGGUCAACGAAGCGUACAAGCAUCUUUUCCACAUGCUUGGGCAAAACCAGGAGAACCAGCAGCUGGAUGUCGGUAAUGGCAUUGCAGUGCGCUCUGGCUUCACUCCUCUGGAGAAGUUCCUGAAGGAUGUCAAACACUACUACUCUGGUGAGAUCUUUAACGUUGACCUGACCAAACCUGAGGAGGCAGCAGCUGAGAUCAACAGAUUCAUUGCUAAUAAAACCCAGGACAAGAUAAAGAAUAUGGUACAGGACUUGGAUCCUGCACUGGUCAUGGUGCUUAUUAACUAUGUCUACUUUAGAGGAGAGUGGAAGUAUCCCUUCAGCCAUGACCAGACAUACAAGGCAGACUUCCAUGCAGACAGGACCACCACAGUUCAAGUGGACAUGAUGAUGAGAACCGGUUUCUACAACAUCUACCGGGAUGCUGCCAACCACACCACUGUCAUCAUGCUACCCUACAAGGGAAGCAGCUCCAUGAUGAUUGUCCUGCCUGAUGAAGGCAAGAUGGUGGAGGUGGAGGGCUACAUCAACAAGGAAUACAUCAGACACUGGCAAGACUCAGUCUCCAUGAAAUACGUGGAACUGUACUUGCCAAAGUUCUCUGUCUCUGCUGAUGCCUCCCUGGAUAACACACUGAAAGAGAUGGGCAUAACCAAUGCUUUUGGGGGCAACGCCGACUUCUCGGGCAUGUCUGACACGAUCAGGCUUGAAGUCUCAAAGGCAUCCCACAAGGCUGCUCUGAGUGUCACUGAGAUGGGAACAGAGGCAGCAGCAACCAACAUCUUCGACUUAGUGUACCGCUUUUUGCCAGAAACUGUCAGAAUUGACAGGCCUUUCUUGGUUUUCAUCCUGGAGAGCUCCACUAGAAACAUCCUCUUUAUGGGCAAGAUCAACAACCCCACAGCUAUGUAAAGGCACACACUGGAAAAAUGAGAAUCAUGAUCAGAGGUGUCAUGAGGAUCCUUGCAUGAUAAAAAUCCUUGACUCAUUACUUAUCAUACUGAUGUUGUUGUAACUCUAAUUGUACUUGUGCAUGUUUUUACCUGUCUCAUAACAACAGAUAUGAGGUUUGUGAGGUUUACUUUGAAAAGAUAAUACAGGAUCACAAAAAAAGUGAAAUUUCAUUUUUAUAUCCAUUGUGCAACAUGACAUCAAGCACAUAAUACAAAGAUAUUAAAAAUAUUUAAGUGUGA